AUGUCUAAUAAGAAAAGUUUUAUAUCUUUGAUAAUAUUGUCAGUAUUUUUAAUAUCUCUUAUCGAUGGCAACGAUAAGUUUUUGUGUCCAACCAACCAGUUCUUCAUAUAUCCGUGUCGUUGUCUUAACGGCAGUUAUAAGGGUCUUAAUGUUGAGUGCAAAGAAGCAAACAUAGCAAUGAUAUCAUUAGGUUUGGAUAAUAUAAAGCAAACCGUUGAAUGGCUUUCAAUAUCGGAAGCCAACAUCGGGCGGCUUUUUGGAUCAGUUUUUAAAGAUCAAAGUGUUAUCAACUUGAAGAUCGUCAACUCAAGUGUAGCGACCAUUGAUGACAAUGUUUUGGCACCUCUGAGCAAAAAACUUCAGUCUCUAUCACUGGUAAAAAACCGUAUAACAAGAUUUCCCGAAAAUGCAAUCAAUAAGUUAACAAAUCUGACAAAACUAGUCUUCACGGGCAACAAUGCCGUCACCGAAAUCAAAAACAAUGUCUUCAGCAAACUUGUAAAUCUCAUUGAACUUGACUUAAGUGAUAAUGCCAUCAAAAAAGUAGAGUCCAGUGCAUUGAAUGGCUUGAUAUUACUGGAAACUCUUGAUUUAUCGCAUAACAAGUUGUCUAAACUCGAGAGGAAUCUGUUUCGUUCACUUAAGAAACUCAAAGUACUGGACUUAUCGUAUAACUCAUUCAAAGAGAUCGGUAAAUCUGACUUUAAUGACUUGACAACUAUAAUGACACUAAACUUGUCGCACAAUGAGCUUCAAGAAUUGCCAAAAAGUUUGUUGGCCAGGAGUUCCCAAUUGCGAACACUUGAUCUGUCCUACAAUCGACUUAAAGUGAUCGACACUUAUAUGUUAAGAGGUGUCCGAUUCUUGAAAGACUUUUUGGUCAGAGGAAAUGCCAUCACUGAAAUUGCUCGAAACUCUUUUUCGUCUACAACACGACUCAAGACUCUAGAUUUUGGAGAAAAUUUACUGGAAGUGAUUGAAACUGAAAUGUUCAAAGAGAUGCAAUGGUUGGAUCGGUUAGAUCUGAGUCGAAACCGUAUUACAACCAUAAAUAGGGGUGCUUUUCAACGAAUGUUUCAAUUGUCCAUCAAUUUGAGUCAUAAUAAUUUAUCAUUGAUUGAAACGCAUGCCUUCCAAGAGAUAGCCAAUAUCACAGAACUGGACCUAUCGUACAAUAGCAUUGAAAGAGUCAAACGUAUGGCAUUUGACUCAUGCGAUGUGACUAUUCUUCAUUUGCAACACAAUCUGAUAACAAACCUUUCAAAAGUAGACAUCUUUGCCAACAUGACUGGUCUGCGACUGAUAAAUCUGACCCACAAUCAGAUUACAGACUUGGAUCGCAAGCAUUUUACACCGAAAAGGCUGUUUGAGGUCCACACCAUCGAUUUGAGUCACAAUAACAUCACUGAUAUUAAUGGAAAUGUCUUCGAAAAGUUUGCAUCCAUUCGUUUCAUUUAUUUGUCUUUUAAUCGUUUAAGAAAAAUCGGUUUCUCAACUUUCGGAACACUUCCGCCACUCUUAGAGCUGGACAUCUCUCAUAAUAACAUUUCAGAGAUUACUAAUGGCGGAGUUUCUUCAUUAGUUUCAGUAAAGACUAUCUAUUUAAAUGAUAAUCGGAUAACCAAAAUGUUUCCCAUAUCUGUGGCGCUGAAUGAGUUACAUCUGGAGAGGAAUAACAUAUCGAUCAUUAGAUCCAAUAUAUUUCCACAGAUUAAUGCUUUACUGGCACUAUAUUUAGAUUACAACAAUCUGACCACUCUUGAGGACAACUCAUUUGCUAAUUGUCUAACACUACGAACUCUGUCUUUGAGUCACAAUAGUUUAGAUGAAGUUCCCGAACGGUCGCUAAAACACUUGAAUUCUUUACAGUUCCUUAAUCUGAGCGCAAAUAACAUCAGUUCUCUAAAUGCCAGAGCUAUCGGAAGAAUGGGUGUAUUGUUUGACGUACGUCUCGAUCACAAUCACAUCCACAAUAUCAGUGGUUUGGCGUUUGAUGGUUUGCUUCAGCUGUUGAAACUCAAUCUGAGUUACAAUCAAAUCGAUGAACUCAAACCCGAUGUGUUCAGCAGUUUGGUCUCAUUAAGAGUCCUCGACUUAUCGCACAAUGACAUCAAACAAUUAGACAACAAGACUAACAGUUUAUUCGAGUCGUUGCUGUCGAUGGAGUACUUGAAUCUCUCUUAUAAUGCAAUAUCACUGAUCAAAGAAAAAUCGUUUCCUUCGUCGCCGUGGAUUCCCUACAAACUUAAACACUUGGAUCUGUCCAACAAUUUAAUGCCAAUCCUCACCAGACAUUUUGAUGAUGGACUCGGCAAAGUCGAGUGGCUAUCGCUUAAAGACAAUGUCAUUAAUGACAUACAAUUGAAUGUAUUAACAAAUUUGACACAAUUAUUACAUUUGGAUGUAUCGGGCAAUCAAAUGAGGAAAUUAGAUAAAGGAUUGUUUGGCGAUUCAAUGAAUAAUUUAAAAUAUUUAACGUUUGCUAAUAACAAGAUUUCCACAAUCUAUACGCAAGAGAUAACAAAAAUGAAAUCACUUCAAGAGCUUGAUUUGAUUGGUAACCGAUUGACUCAUAUAAACCAAGAGUUUUUAUCUCAAAUCAAGUCUGGAGUGAAAUUUCAUUUUAAUUAUAAUCAAUUAUAUUGUGACUGUCAUUUGCUACCACUGUUGGCUUGGAUUAGUGGUGACGUUCACAAGAGUCAACUGGAAGGUCGCCCAUCGCUGAUCUAUGAUCACUGGUCAUCAGUCAAAUGCGGCGAUCCAUUGAUUUUGUUAAAUCAAUCGGUGGCUGAUCUAAAACCUAAACAAUUGGCUAAUUGUGAUAAAGAAUCGUUAGAUAAAUACUCAAAAUUUUUUGUCGACAAAAGUGAUGUUCGCAUUCGGGGUAUUGAAUGGUCACGAAGACGGCGCAACUUAUUGCGUAUUGUAUGGUUUAUUAUCAAUCGGGUCGACGAUUUGGCUCAGUUUCGGGUUGUUAUCCGGAAUAGACAUCAGAUAUUUGUCAACGAAACUGUUGACUAUACUUCCCGUGAAUAUCAGGCCAAUGGUCUACAAGAAGGAGAAGAAUAUAUUGUAUGUAUUAAUGGCAUCGAUUCUGAUGGUCGACAACGACCGCAAUUGUAUUCACAAUGCGUUCAAUUUAGUGGCCAUCAGAUUACUGUUGACAAUAUAGUGUCGGAAUCGUCGUUAUCGACAUUAGAGACCAUCCGCACGGAACACAUCCAGCAAUCGUUUGGUGUUAACUAG